GGUGAUUUGGAGGCCUUGGAGGAAAAUAUGGAGGAUAACGAGGGGGUGACGGAGAAGGAAAAACGGAAUCUUGGAAAAUUGCAGUUCUCUCUCGAUUACGACUUCACAAAGGGCGAGCUGACAGUAGGGGUUAUCCAGGCUACCGAUCUGCCUGGAAUGGAUAUGUCCGGCACCUCCGAUCCCUAUGUCAAGGUCUAUCUAAUGCCGGAAAAAAAAAAGUUUGAGACCAAGGUUCACCGCAAAACUCUGAACCCCGUCUUUAAUGAGACAUUUUUAUUCAAGCAUAUAUGCAGCAUUUACACUAGAAAUCUUCCACUUAAAGAAAUUUUUCUAUCCUAUAAGGUUCCUUAUGCCGAGGUUGCAGGGAAGACUCUCCGUUUUAAUGUUUUCGACUUUGAUCGCUUUUCAAAACACGACCAAAUUGGUCAAAUUGUGGUACCCCUCGGUUCAGUCGAUUUGGCUCGAGUGAUUGAGGAAUGGCGGGACCUGCUGCCGCCAGAUGACGACGAAAAGGAGAACAAACUUGGAGACAUAUGUUUCUCCCUGAGAUAUGUGCCCACAGCUGGAAAACUCACUGUCAAUAUCUUGGAAGCGAAGAAUUUGAAAAAGAUGGAUGUUGGUGGUCUAUCAGAUCCCUACGUGAAACUGUCCCUCAUGCUUGGAGGUAAACGAAUCAAAAAGAAGAAGACCACCAUUAAGAAGUGCACACUUAACCCAUAUUAUAAUGAAUCGUUCGCCUUUGAAAUUCCGUUUGAACACAUUCAGAAAGUGAUGCUCAUAGUAACGGUGGUUGACUAUGAUCGAAUCGGCACUUCGGAGGCAAUCGGUCGAGUAGUGCUUGGUUGCAACGCCCAAGGUGCAGGCCUUCGUCAUUGGUCUGAUAUGCUGGCUAAUCCGCGCCGACCAAUUGCACAGUGGCACACUUUACAAGAGAUGCCAGAGAAGGGUUAA